CAUAUAUCAAUCAAGUGAUUCUAACUCUUCACACAGUUUUCUUCCUUUUUCUCACUGAACCUUUCUAGCAAUCAUCACAUCACAAUGGCUUCCAAGCUUGAAGUAGAUGUGGAGGUCAAGUGCAAUGCAGGUAAGUAUUGGGAAAACAUCAGGGACUCCAACACUAUCUUCCCCAAGGCCUUCCCUGACCAGUACAAGUGCAUUAAAGUGCUGGAAGGAGAUGGGAAGUCUGUAGGAUCUGUUCGUCACAUAACAUAUGGCGAAGGGUCUCCACUUGUUAAGGAAUCUGAAGAGAGGGUCGACAUAGUGGAUGAAGCCGACAAGAAGGUUUCUUACAGUGUUAUUGGUGGGGAUCUCCUCAAGUAUUACAAGAAUUUCAAGGCCACACUGGUUAUCACUCCAAAGGGAGAUGGGAGCUUGGUGAAAUGGACCUGUGACUUUGAGAAGGCAAGUGCAGAGAUUCCUGAUCCAAACGUAAUAAAAGAAUUUGCUGUCAAGAACUUCAUAGAGCUGGAUGACUAUAUUCACAAGACAAUGCAGGCAUAGAGAAACACUAGCUGUUCCCUCUGCGAAUAAGUUGGCUUAUGUUGUUCUAAGUAAAUAAUGUGGAGUCCCCCUCUGCAACUCGUCUUAGUUAAUAUUGUGAGAAGUUUAAUUUGGUCUAUGGCGUGAUGUAGCCUUUCUAUUUGCUGCCUGAUUUAAUGUUCCAGAUGUCUCAUCUUCCUGAUAUUAUCCUAAAUGACUCAAACUCUGGGUAUUCCAGCUUUUGAGAAAUUUCAGCUAAUACCAAGGGUGAAUUUAAUUACAAAUCGAAUACAAUUAGAAUAAGCAUUUUCCACCC